ACUUAGAAGGGAAGCACAAGUGGCCAAGCUACAGUGCAUUGAAUUGAUGGAUAACCUAUUCUUGAAGUACUGAAGAGAAGAAAUGUUCACGUGUUAAUGCGGCAGGCCACAGACAACAAUUUGAACAACAUCUCCGUCAUCCUUUGCCACAGAAAACGUCUUUAUCCCUGAUGCGAUUCUUUCUGCCCAAGAAGGCAACAUCCAUUACGGACCACAACUCCCGAGGGAAACUGGUUCUGCUGCCCACUUUAGUUUUAACCUCCCAAUCCCGAGCCCAGUCUCUCUCAGUGGAUACGUCUCGCGGCAUCAGUACUGAAUAUUACACUUCAGAUUGUCUCCCUACUGUAGGAAAGAUACUGAUAGCGAUGAAGAAAGGGAUACAUCAAUUAAAACAAAAGAUGUAUGAGGAUGUGAAUUUUUUUUACCACACCAACACACAUGGAAAUGUUUCUACCCAACUGAAAGCAGAUAUAAGUGACUCCUCUUUCCUAAAUAACCUCAGUCACCAAGGGAUUUGUCAAUAGUUUGAAGAAGUGCUCAGCAGUGAUCUGUUUUGCAACUUCACUGCACAAGGUAUAAGGUGCGUAAAAGUUUAAAUGCAACUCAGAAUAUUUGAAAUAUUGGGGAUUUUUGAGAACAAAUAUAUUUAUAAAAUUGGUAUAUGGUAGUAAUGAUGCCCUGUUUUCAGUUUUUUUUUUUGGAAAUUUGGCACUAUCAUGUAAGAUGCAAGCUAUAAAUGUGUAUUUAUGAUUGUGGUAUUUUCAGAUUGAACUAAUUUUUCCACAAGCAUUAGACAGGACUGCUAAUAACAGUAGGUUCGACCAGGAAGUAUGUGCAUUAGUGUUUUAAUAACUUGGCUGAGUUUCUGAUUGUAUGUGAAAUAAUGAGACAGGACAAGUGUGAUGAAAUUAACAAAAAUCUAUAUUUCUACAAGAAAGCAUCAUACAUACUUGCAGUGGUGGGAUUCAAAUAUUUUAACAACAGG